AAAAAAAAAAAAAAAAAAAAAAAAAAAGAGUAGGCACAAAUUGCGCAGAAAUGAAAUAAACAAAAAAUGGGGGCUAUGAAAAUUUUAUGUCAUCAUGAUGGGGAGACGCUUUUUUUGAUUUUUUUCUCCAGUGGGAGAGUAAAAGUUGGGUGCCCGCUUUUUUUCUUGAUCAAAAAUAAUGCCCUCUUGGGUUAAAAAAAGCUUUCUAUCAACGCAAAGGAAAAAAUUCAUGCAAAUGAGCGCAUUUGUUUCAUUUAUUUUUUUUUCGCUCAGGCUUUUUCAAGCAGCUGUAUCAUUUUUAUAUAAAUAGGAGGAAAACUCCCGUGGAAAAUGCACUUUUUUGUUUUCUCUUUUAUAAACUAUUCUAUUAUUCAAAAUGGCUUGCCCCUGUGUUAAAGACGAUAAGUGCUCCUGCUCUGGUGAAUGCAAAUGUGGUAACGACUGUACUUGCCCCGCUUGCAAGCAACCCAAGCAUAAGGAUACAUGCUCCUGCAAAGGAACCGGCCAAGGUUGUCAAUGCGGCUCUUCCUGCACCUGUUAAAAAAUCCCACCUAUUCCAAUCUAUGAACGAUUGAAAGAAUUCUCACAAACAAACAAUUCCAUUAUUUACCUUUAUUUUUUCUUUUUGCUACUCAAAUUUACUUUAAACGCGGUUUUUCUAUUUUAAACAAAUAAAAUCCUAAUAUUGUCUCAUUUUUGCAUAAAUCGACGGUGUUGUAUUCAGUGGCAUAGCGCGCGUGUUUCUCUCUCCCUCCAAGCCUUCUCUUACUCUAUUCAUUCUUCAAUGGGUCAUUUGUCCCC